GUUGUCGUUCACACGUGACAAUCUAACCUCACUUUUAAAAAUGUUUGUGAUUGUUUAAUUUUGUUUAAAUCGUUUAAAUUUUUAGAUAUUAAUUUAUUUUUAUACAAUGAAUGAUUUAAAUGUAAUUGAUGAUGAUGAGGAGAUUAGUUUAUGUCCUUCAACACUAGCAGCUCUUCAAGAAUUUUACUCGGAAAGAGAAGAGAGAGAAAAAUUACAAAAAUGUUCAAUGAGCAACGAAGUUUUGUUUGAUGAAAAUUGGCAAUUGAGUCAAUUUUGGUAUGACGAUGAAACAACUGAUAAAUUAACAAAAGGAGCAAUAAAUUGUACACAAGAUAAUGGAAAAAUUGCUUUAAUCUCGUGUCCAACUUUAUAUAAAAGUAUUAAAAAAGUUUCUGGUAAUAGAGAAGUGACAAUUUUUGAAUUUGACGAACGUUUUAGCGCAUUUGGUUCAGAUUUUGUCAAUUAUGAUUACAACAAUCCCUUAAAUUUUCCUUCAGAAUUAAAGGAAAAUUACGAUUUAGUAAUAGCAGAUCCACCUUUUUUAUCUGAUGAAUGUUUAACAAAAACUGCAUCAACAAUAAAAUCGUUAGCAAAAGAAAAAAUUAUAAUCUGCACAGGUGCAAUUAUGAAAGAACUCGUUGAAAAAUUACUCGACGUUAAAAAAUGUGAAUUCUUACCUAGACAUAAAAAUAAUUUAGCAAAUGAAUUUUUCUGUUAUUCGAAUUUUAAUUUCGAUAAUUGUUUAUAAUAAUAAAUAUUAAAUUACAAAAUUA